AUGAAUCAAUUUGAUUAUUUAUCUAAUAGACAUGCUUUAUUAGGAUUAAAAAAUAAGGAAGAAAUUAAUGAUUAUGAUUACUUUUUAUAUCAAGAAUAUUUAAAACAAGAACAAGAACGUUCAAAACAAGAACAAUUAUUAAAAAAGGAUAAAAAUAAUACUGUUAAUUAUGAUUUAAUAUUUAGUAUGGAUGAAUCUAAUAAUAUGAAUAUGAAUACUAAUAUGAAUAUUAAUAAUAUGAAUAUUAAUAAUAUGAAUAUGAAUACUAAUAUGAUGGGUGGUGUUUAUAAUAAUAACAUGAUGAUGAUGAAUAAUAUGAUGUAUGAUCCAUCAUCUAUAUCUACAUCUUCCUAUUUAUAUAAUUCAUCAUUACAAGAACAACAACAAGAACAACAAUCACUUCAAUUACAACCAACACAAGUUGCACUUCAAUUUAAUAUAAAUCCAAGUAUUGGAUUAUCUGUUUUUGAUUCAAAUUCAGGUAAAUUAGAAUAUAGAAGAGCACCUUCUAAUCAAAUUAAUGAAGAUUUUAUUUUAAAUCAUGAACAAUUAAAUCAACAAUUAAAUCAACAAUAUUCUGGUAAUGCAUUAUUAUUAGGUGAACAAGCAUCACAAGCAUUAGAAAUGUUAAAUUUAACAACAUUUACAGUUAAUAAUUGGUCUGAAAAUAUGAGAAAAUGGAUGAUUUAUGGAGUUUUAAUUCCAACAAUUAAAGAAAUUGAUUCAAUUAAUUUACAAAUGCACAAGACAAUUCAAUUUAAUUGUGAUUUUAAAGGUUAUGAUUCAUUUAAUCCACUUGAUAUUUCACCUGAAUAUCAACAUUCAAUUCCAAAUUCAAUUCCACACACUGAAGAUACUUCAAAAUUUACAUUGAAAUAUGUUUUAGCAACAUUGGUAACACAAAUUGAUCAACAACAACAAUCAAAUAAUUUGAAUGGAGGUAUUGGUGGUGUUGGUGGUGGUUUUAAUUCUGGUUUUGGAUUUUCAAAUGGUUUUAAUCAAUCACAACCACAAACAAAUCAACAAAAAAAUGUUGAAUUUGGAAAUUUAUUAAGAAGAAGAUUAAGAUUGGAACGUUAUUUAUCAAUUCCAAAUUUAAAUUUAUUUGAUUCAACAGAUAAAAUUGCAUGUAGAAAAUAUGUUAUUGAUAGAAUACGUUCAAUGUCAAAAGGUCAAUUUGAAAAACCAAAUUCACGUCCAAUGUUAAAUAAUUCAGAACAAUUUUUAUAUGAACAAGAAAUUUAUCCAACAGAUGAAGAAAUUAUUGUUAAUUUAUUUUGUAAAUUUAUGGAUUUUACUUUGGAUUCACAUGGACAUUCAAGUCAAUUUUCAAACAAGUAUUAUUGUGAUCAAAAUAUUGAAAAGAAGGAAAAUCCACACAAUUUAUUUAGAAAUAGAAAUAUGUUAGCACCAGGUGUUGCAAAUGCAAUGAAAAAGAAGAGAGGUUUAGAUAAACAAGUACCUGUAAAGAAGGGAUUGUAUUUAUGUAAAUCAAAAGUUAGCAUUUCACAUUACAAUGUUGAAGAUGAUGGUAAUUUAUAUGAAUGUCAACCUGGAAGAAAUAACGUUUUUUAUGCUUUGGUCAUAUUCUUACAUUUAAUUAAUACCAAAUAUGAUGGUUAUAUUGAUACUGUUGCUUUAUCUGAUUUGAAUUUAUCACAAGUUAUUGAAUCUUAUUAA